GAAGCCGCCCGCGCUCUGCGUAAAUAAAAGCCAGGCUCGGCGCCGAUCGGGCCACAUUUCCUUUGAGUGUUGACACUGCGAAGAGAAGGUUCAAGAUGAGUGGGCGUGGCAAAACCGAGAAGAUGACCAGAGAGGAUUGGAGGAAGAAGAAGGAGCUGGAGGAGCAGAGAAAGCUGGGAAACGCUCCAGCUGAGGUGGACGAGGAGGGAAAGGACAUAAACCCCCACAUCCCACAGUACAUUUCAUCAGUGCCGUGGUACAUCGACCCAUCAAAAAGGCCCACACUAAAGCAUCAAAGACCACAGAGUAAGAAUGAGAAGCAGUACUCUGCAAUUGGAGAGCUCACCAUGGACUAUGAUGGAAAGCGUGAUCGCUGGAAUGGCUACGACCCCGAGGAACAUCAGUGCAUUGUUGAAGAGUACGCCAAAGUAGAUCUGGCCAAGAGGACACUGAAAGCACAGAAACUUCAGGAUGAGUUGGCCUCGGGAAAACUGGACCAGACUGAGCGGGAACAUGACAGUAAAGAUGAGGAUGAAGACAAAUAUGCAGAUGACAUCGACAUGCCCGGUCAGAACUUUGACUCCAAGAGACGAAUCACUGUCAGGAAUCUGCGUAUCAGAGAAGACACAGCUAAAUACUUGAGAAAUCUGGAUCCAAAUUCAGCGUACUAUGAUCCAAAGACGCGAGCAAUGAGAGAGAACCCGUACUCCAACACUGGCAAGAACCCUGAUGAAGUGGGGUACGCUGGAGACAACUUUGUUCGCUACAGUGGAGCCACAAUUUCCAUGGCUCAAACACAAUUGUUUACCUGGGAGGUUUAUGAGAAAGGCUCCGAGGUGCAUCUGCAGGCUGACCCCACCAAACUAGAGCUGCUGCAUCGUUCCUUCAAGGUCAAGAAGGAGGACUUCAAAGAAGAACAGAGGGAGAGCAUCCUCGAGAAGUAUGGAGGCCACGAGCAUUUGGAUGCACCACCGCGGGAGUUGCUGUUGGCCCAGACGGAGGACUACGUGGAGUAUUCGCGUCACGGCGCUGUGCUGAAAGGACUCGAAAAGGCUGUCGCUCGCUCCAAAUAUGAGGAGGACGUGCUCAUCAACAACCACAUUUGUAUUUGGGGUUCCUACUGGAAAGAUGGCUUCUGGGGGUACAAGUGUUGCCACUCCAUGGUCAAACAGAGUUACUGCACAGGAUCAGCUGGAAUUGGAAUUAACAACUCAGAGUGCACUCCAUUUGAAGAGGCAAUAACUGAGCCACAGGAGGAGGAACAGCCCAAGACUCUGCUAGAAAUGCAUCAAGAUAAGAUGAAAGAGAAGAAGAAGAACAAGAAGCGCGACUCCGACAGCAGUGAUUCGGAGGAUGAGGAGAAGAAGGAAAAGCUGAAGAAGGCUCUAGAAGCAGAGGACAAGCGGGUGAAGCAGGUGGAGAUGCUAAUGCAGCUGGAUGAGAGGAAGAGGCCGUACAACAGCUUGUUUGAAGUAAAGGCGCCCACUGAGGAGGAGAUGGAGGCCUUCCGCAUGAAACGCAGCAGGCCAGAUGAUCCCAUGGCUUCCUUCUUGGGACAGUGACCUUUUCAGUCCCGGCAGAUUCCCCUAAACUCUCCCCAAGGACUCUACUAGAGCAGCUGCUCAGUAAAAUAUAAAAUCCCACAUUCACUCAAGUUUUGUGUUUUGGAAAGAAGUGCGGGAGAAACUGUACAGUAUUUUGUAAAAGUUAAUGUUAACGCAUUGUUUUGAAGCUGCAUGUCCAUAAAAUGUAGAACAACAAUAAAAAAGGUGUUUCACUUCAACAGGAGACAUUUAAAUACUUUCAAACCUUUCAAAUUCAGUCUUUACAGGAAACAUGAGAAACGUAACUGCAUUUCUUUUUAUAAUAAAAUCCAUUUUUAUUUACAUUAAAAGCAGAUCCUAAGCUCGUGGAAACAGACACGACGUGGCUCAUGACUAAUGUUCCCUCUAAUUUUUCAUGUGUCUGAGCGAACACACAAAUUCCAUGAGCGGACACUUGGA